AUGGAUCUCUCUCGAGCAGCAUCAUUGGUGGAAGAAGACGUGAGCACCACGAUGAUUGCCAUUGAUAAAGAUAAGAACAGCCAAUAUGCUGUGAAAUGGGCAGUCGACAACCUUUUGAGCGACAGUCAUAAUUGCAUUCUCAUCCAUGUUCGGAGCCAGUGCUUGCAUCCUAGAGAUUCGGAGGUUUCCCCUAAGGAGGGUCGCCCACCAACUGAAUCUGAGUUGCAACAGUUCUUCCUUCCCUAUCGUGGAUUCUGUGCUCGAAGAGGGAUUGAAGCAAAGGAGGUGAUCCUCCAUGACAUCGAUGUUCCAAGUGCAAUUAUUGAUUUUACUGCUACCAACUUCAUCAGCAACAUUGUUGUUGGUGCUUCCAGCCGAAAUGCUCUUACAAGAAAAUUCAGAAAUACAGAUAUUGCAUCUAGCUUACUCAAAUUUGCACCAGAAUCUUGUGCGGUAUAUGUCAUAUCAAAAGGAAAAGUUCAGACCAUUCGUCCAGCAGGUCCACCUCAAACACCUAUUGGUGCAGUAGCAGCUAGUUCGGGGCACCGUUCCCAGAAGGGACUUGCUCAUACUCUUCGUCCUAUUCAUGACCCUGAAGAUCCAAACAGAACUUCUGUUGUCCGUGGGGGUUGGAGAAGCAUGGGCUCUGAAAGAAGUAGUGAUGCCUUGCAGAUGACGCCACUCAACAACUUCGGCUCUACCAGCAGGGCUAAUUCACCGGCGCUAUCGUUUGACAGUUUCAUAUCAGGGAAUUCAUCCCAAGGAAAUAGUGAUUCUAGCUUCCGAUCAAACUCCUCCGAAAAUUUAGAAUCCGUCAUGGAUAGUCCCAGGAGCUCUGGCUCCUCACAUGCCUCAAGAGUUCUAGAGGCUGAGAUGAGGAGACUAAGGCUUGAAUUGAAGCAGACUAUGGACAUGUAUAACUCAGCUUGCAAAGAGGCUAUUUCAGCCAGACACAGAACAAGAGAACUUCAACAAUGGAAGACAGAAGAAGAACGUAAAUUCGAGCAAGCCAAGCUUGCUGAAGAGGCUGCAUUGGCUUUAGCAGAAGUGGAAAGGCAUAAGACGAAGACUGCCAUGGAAGCAGCCCAGAUGCAACAACGACUGGCAGAAAUGGAGUCACAAAAGAGAAAAAGCGCAGAAAUAAAGGCCAUACAGGAGGCAAAAGAGAAGAAGAAAGCAAUGGAAGCACUGUCACGCGGCCUUAUCAAAUAUAGAAGAUACACUAUCGAAGAGAUUGAAGUUGCAACCGAUCAUUUCAAUACUUUGCUCAAGAUUGGUGAAGGUGGAUAUGGACCUGUCUAUAAAGGCUUCCUUGGUCAUACUCCUGUCGCCAUCAAGAUCUUGAGGCCAGACUUAUCACAGGGGCAGAAACAAUUCCAACAGGAGGUUGAAGUUCUAAGUUCCAUGAGACACCCUCACAUGGUUUUGCUUCUAGGCGCCUGCCCAGAGUACGGCUGCCUUGUGUAUGAGUUCAUGGACAACGGCAGUUUAGAAGACCGGCUCUUCCGGAAAGACAACACUCCUCCAAUGCCAUGGGAAUCCCGUUUCAGAAUAGCAGCUGAAAUAGCCACUGCUCUUCUUUUUCUCCACCAAACAAAACCAGAGCCCCUCGUGCACCGCGAUUUAAAGCCAGCAAACAUUCUAUUAGACCAAAUGUACCUGAGCAAGAUCAGCGACGUCGGUUUAGCCAGGCUGGUUCCGCCGUCUUUAGCCGAUAGUGUCACUCAAUAUCACAUGACUGCAGCAGCCGGCACCUUCUGCUACAUUGACCCCGAGUAUCAGCAAACGGGAUUAUUGGGUGUGAAAUCAGAUAUUUAUUCAUUGGGUGUAAUGCUGCUACAAAUCAUUACAGCAAGGCCUCCAAUUGGAUUAUCCCACCAUGUUGAGGAGGCCAUCAAGGAAGGAACUUUUGCAAAGAUUCUUGAUCCAACGGUGAUUGAUUGGCCUGUCGAAGAGGCUUUGUCACUUGCUAAAAUUGCUCUCAAGUGCUGUGAGUUAAGGAAGAGAGAUAGACCAAAUCUUGCCACAGAUUUGUUACCAGAGCUUAACCGAUUAAGGGAUGUUGGAUUGGUUCAUGGGACAACAAAGAUUCCCAAGAUUCUCGAAGUUCAACGCCCUUAUAAUUCUAGUCCCGAAGUUGUAUCCACUGUGGAUCAAGAGGGACCACACGAUUCUAAUGAGGAAAUAGCCCCCGAAAGUAGAUCAGUAUGA